CAUACAGGAGUGAAGCCUUACUCCUGCUCUGACUGUGUAAAAUGCUUCACAACAUCAGCUGAGCUAACAGUUCAUCAGAGAACACACACAGGAGAGAAGCCUUUCUUCUGCUCUGACUGUGGAAAUAGUUUCUCUCAACUUUCCCACUUAAAAACACAUGAACGUAUACAUACAGGAUUGAAGCCUUACUCCUGCUCUGACUGUGUAAAAUGCUUCACAACAUCAGCUGAGCUAAAAGUUCAUCAGAGAACACACACAGGAGAGAAGCCUUUCUUCUGCUCUGACUGUGGAAAGAGUUACUCUGUGCUGUGCAACUUAAAAACACAUGAACGUAUACAUACAGGAGUGAAGCCUUACUCCUGCUCUGACUGUGGAAAGAGUUUCUCUCGACUGGCCAUCUUAAAAACACAUGAACUUAUACAUACAGGAGUGAAGCCUUACUCCUGCUCUGACUGUGUAAAAUGCUUCACAACAACAGCUGAGCUAAAAGUUCAUCAGAGAACACACACAGGAGAGAAGCCUUACUCCUGCUCUGACUGUGGAAAGAGUUUCCCUCUACUGAGAACCUUAAAAACACAUGAACGUAUACAUACAGUAGUGAAGCCUUAUUCCUGCUCUAACUGUGGAAAGAGUUUUUCUCAACUGGGCCACUUAAAAACACAUGAACGUAUACAUACAGGAGAGAAGCCUUACUCCUGCUGUGACUGUGUAAAAUGCUUCAAAACAUCAGCUGAGCUAAAAGUUCAUCAGAGAACACACACAUCAGAGAAGCCUUGCUCCUGCUCUGACUGUGGGAAGAGUUUUUCUCGACUGGACCUCUUAAAAACACAUGAACGUAGACAUACAGGAGUGAAGCCUUACUUCUGCUCUGACUGUGUCAAAUGUUUCACAACAUCAGCUGAGCUAAAAGUUCACCAGAGAACACACACAGGAGAGAAGCCUUACUCCUGCUCUGACUGUGGAAAGAUUUUCUCUCAACUGGGCCACUUAAAAACACAUGAACGUAUACAUACAGGAGUGAAGCCUUACUCCUGCUCUGACUGUGUAAAAUGCUUCACAACAUCAGCUGAGCUAAAAGUUCAUCAUAGAACACACACUGGAGAGAAGCCAUACUCCUGCUCUGACUGUGGAAAGAGUUUCUCUCGACUGGACUACUUAAAAACACAUGAACGUGUACACACAGGAGAGAAGCCUUACUCCUGCUCUGACUGUUGAAAGAGUUUCUCUUGAAUGUGUCAGUUAAAAAGACACCAAGGUACACAUAAAGGAGAGAAGUCUUACCACUGAUCUGACUGUAGAUUUUAUUUUUAAAACAACAGCUGAGCUAAAAGGUCAUCAGUGAACAGACACAGGAGAGAAGCCUUAUUUCUGCUCUUAAUGUGGCCAGAGUAACUCAAGUAAAAGUCACCAAGUAAAUACUACUUGAGUUAAAGUCUAAGUAUUUGGUUGUAAAUAGACUUAAGUAUCAAAAGUAAAAGUAUGAAUAAUUUCACAUUCCUUAAAUUAUCCUCUACUGCAGGGGUGGGCAAUUCCAGUCCUCAAGGGCCUGAUUGGUGUCACAGUUUUGCCCCAGCCCCAGCUAACACACCUGACUCCAAUUAUCACCUAAUCACGAUCUUCAGUUUAGAAUGCAAUUUGAUUUAUCUGUUGUGUUUGCUAGGGAUGGAGAAAAAGUAUGACACCAAUCAGGCCCGAGGACUGGAGUUGCCCACCCCUGCUCAAUGGGAUGGGUGUCCCUAAACCGGGACGGUUUGUUGCUAACAUGCGCUAAUUUGACUAGAAUGACGUUGUAUACAACAGACAACUUUCUGGGACAUAGACAUGUCUUUAUAUCGGCAGAAAGCUAAAAUUCUUGUUAAUCUAACUGCAGUGUUCAAUUAGCAGUAGCUAUGACAGUGAAAAAAUAUAAUUCUAUUGUUUGAGGAGAGUGCACAACAACAAAAAAUAUCUAAACAUCAUUGCCAAUCAGAUGCAUCCCUUCAUGGCAGCACUGUAUCCAUCUGCAAAUAGAUUUUUCAGCAGGAUUAUGCCUUGUGCCACAAGGCUUGUCCAGGAAUGGUUCCAAGAACAUUACAGUGAAUUCAGCUUACUUAAUUCACUGUAAUUGUGCAUCUGUGGGAGGAGAUGGAACAAGCUAUGUGGGAGGAGAUGGAACGAGCAAUUCGGAGUAGAUCCACUCCCAGCCAACUUGACACAUUUGUAGGAAGCAUUGGAGUCAACAUCGGCCAUCAUCCCUCUGAAACGCACACAACACCUUGGACAAUCCAUGCCCCAAUGAUAUUAAGGCUGUUCUGAGGACAAAGGGUGGUGCAACUCAAUAUUAGGAAGGUGUUCGUAAUGUUUUAUACUCAGUGUAUAUCAGAUAAAGAUGGUGUGAUGAUCAGUUUUUAGCAUUAGUUUGGGUGGAUUAUUUUAUAUUACUAAACAACUUUUGUUUAAUGAUAAACAGGCUAUGAAUCGACUACUUGUGUUUAUUAACUAAAUCUAGAUUCAUUAUUUUAGUCAUUGAUGAUGAAUGUAUUUGAAUAACUGUGUUGAAAUUGAUUGAUUUGGCGGCAGGUAGCCUAGCGGUUAAGAGUGUUGGGCCAGUAACUGAAAGGUUGCUGGUUUGAAUCCCAAGCUGACUAGGUGAAAAAUCUUUCAUUGUGCCCUUAAGCAAGGCAAUUAACCCUUAUUUGUCCUGUAAGUCGCUCUGGAUAAGAGCAUCUGCUAAAUGACAAUAAUGUUAUGAAAAAUAAUGAUUGUACAUACAUUUUUUUUCUCUUGUGUAUAAUUAAAUGAAAUAAACUGUU